AUUUUUAAAGUUUUGGAAAAAGAUCGACGAAGGCUGCGAUGCUUUAUUGGGCGGAAUUAUUGAGAGGCUGUUAGCCUCGCCAUGAUUGAGUCAGGACUAAUUGCUGCAACGUGCGAGCUCAAUGAAAAGCGCUACAGAUGCCAGCGAUCCGGCUUGGUUCUUAUCCCACGAAGAUGAGCGAGAGACGCAAUCGUUAAUCGAAGCCGGCUGGUCGAUCAAAUCGAAUCGUCGAUCAAAUCCUCGCAUUCCACGAGUCAGUGGAAUCUUACAUUCGUCCCAUUUCUCCAAUUUCUUUCAUCUGCAGUAGCGCGGGAUUCGAAACAAGCAACCAGAAUGAACGCGGCGGAGAUUAGCGCGAAGCUGCCAUACGGCAAGACUCCGGAGGCUAAGGCCAAGAGAUCGGAGCUGUUCAAGGAGUUCGAUCCCAAUGGCAAUGGGUACCUGUCCUUGGCGGAGGUCGAUAGGGGCGUGCGCGAUGUGUUGAAGUUCGAGGAAUUGUACGACUGCAAGCCUGCGAUCAUCCGAGCUUUCAAUGCGGCCAAGGGCGCCGGCAAGAGCAAGGCGAAGCUCGGCGCGGACUUCGUCGAGCGAUCGGAGUUCAGGCUCAUCCUCGUCUACCUCUGCCAGUACUUCGAGCUCUACGAGAUGUUCAGCUCCGUGGACACCUCCGACGACAGGAAGGUCAGCAAAGACGAGUUCCUCGGUUCCGUCGAUAAGCUGAAGGAAUGGGGUCUUCCCAUUGCCGACCCCGAGGCCGAGUUCGACAAGAUCGACACCAACCAUGGCGGAUCCGUCCUCUUCGUUGAGUUCGCCGAUUGGGCCCUCAAGAACUCCAAAGAAUUCCAAGGCGACGACGAGUGAUGCCUUUCGCUGACACGCCUGAAGCGGAUCGGCCGUCCGUCCGUCGGUCUCGUCAAGGCAUCGUGAAGUAUCCUGGGCUGUAAUCUCACCAUGUCGCAAGUCUGGCAUUCUCUGAGUAAUGCUGGAUCUGCAACAUCUCCAUAGUCUGCUGCAGACUCUGCACUGGACCACCGGGAUUUCUUCGUCUCGAGAAUUGCACUUCCUCCCAAGGGUCACGAUUCUGAAGCACAGUCUUUCCACAUCUUCUUCGUUGCGGCUGCGUUUUGUACUCUAUGAACGUAAUCUAGCUUUAGAAAUAAAAUCAGGUGAGCGACACCGAUUUUUGGAAUCGGUGGAAGUCUUUACACAACUGGGCUUUUGUUGAACUUAGAUUUGGACAACGGUGGAUUUGUAUAAGCUAAAUCACGUGUGACUCUGCUCGGUGUUGUAAGAGCAGAAGCUCUGAUGCAGACUUGCGACUUUCAAGAAUACGCAGUUGAAUCGAAGUGGACUGUCUGGGCGUCGCUGCUUGUGUGUGUGUGUGUUGAUGGCCUUGAUUUUGAAGAAACCUUGUGAAAUUGGAGGAGGCUAAUAUUUUGGGGCUCGUUCGGGGAGAGUGAUCGGGUCAUGUUUAUGUUGCACUUCCUUGCAUCAUUGGAGUGGCAGGGUCUUAGGACCCUAAUAGUCGAGGUACUGCAGGAGUCUGGAUCGUAACCCAAUGCGAUUGCAUCCACAUCUCGAUGCUGACAGGGUUGAGUACGGACGAGGUCGUACUUCUGUCAGGGAAAAGUUGGAUAAGGUUGUUCAGAUCGAGGAUUUGACUGCGGGGAGGUGCUGAGUGGGCCAAAGCUUAUUCUUCUGAGACACUGCGAAUGCUUUAAGAUGAAGAUGAUAUUGCAUUACGUUCGUUGCUGUCAGUUGUUCUCCCUUGACUUUAUGCACACGAAGAACUGCAAAAACUUUGCCUCAGAAAAGUCUCUCUCAGGUGUUCUCAGCGAUCGAAAGAGAUCUUAUUAUGAAACUUCCAUCCAAGCUAGUAAGCCUUACUGUCGUCGAGUUUAGCUAAGAUUCUAAUCGACAGUACAACGACACAUGUAGUGACUCCUGGAUUGUCAGAGUAUGGAAGGAAAAAGAUAAGCCGAUUGGUGCUGUAGAAACCGAUUCGAGAGAUGGUGAUCAAGUAACUCGAAGAGAAGACAAUUUCUGGCUUUGGUUGCUCCUGCCAUUGUGAAGAAGCAUAUCGUGUUGUCGCCCAGCUAUUACUACAAAGAACUCCUCUUGAACUUGUGUUCUACCACUCUUUAAGUUUAGCAUGAAAUAACUCAUUUAGUUCUUCUCCUAUUGCGAUCAUAGAAUUUCAUCACGAGUUGAGCUGCACUUCCUUCAUUGAACGAUGGUCAUACAUAUUAGAAAUGUGAGCGCUUUUGGGGUUAUAUUUACCGACAAGAAUGCUUAAUUAUGGAAGUUUCGGGGAACAAGGCAAAGUCGCGUCUUUCUCAUUCUUUCAGCAGAAGAUGAGUCAACAAUCCUUCUGAAGUUUGUACCGGUCACCCAGAACUUACCACAAGAACAGUGGACAGUCCAGAAGUAUGCGGUCCACCACUCCAACGUAUUUUUUAUAAAUAUUUCACAUAUUAUUUGAA